UUCCGAUUUUCUGGCAGGAGGAGAGAGAAGAAUACGACCUAUCUGCACCAUCUGUUUUUUUUUUUCUCCCCUCAAUAUUCUAAAGCCGAAAGUUUUGUUUUGCUCUUCUGAAUUAAAAAAAAAAAUUACAAUCUUUAAAUCGGAUUUGUUCUAUACUAAUCUUGCCCAUUUGAUCCACUUCCCUCCUCCUCUGAGAAGAUUUCUUCUGGUUCCCUCCAUUGUUUGACCCUCUAUUUUGCCUCUUUCUUUCUCUCCCCCCCCCUUUUGUGUUUCCCGCAUUUUCUCGGGAAGAAAAAAGCUUGUGAUUUUCUGAUUCUCUCUAUCAAUCGUUUAAACCAUACACGGCUCGUUGUUUCUGGCCUGAUUUGGCGCAAACCCUUGUGUGUUAAUUUGGGAUCAGAGAAAGAAUGAUGACGACAAUGGAAGGGAUGAUGGAGAUGGGUGUGUUGGAUGAUAUAAUAAGGAGAUUGUUGGAAGGCAAAGGAGGGAAACAGGUUCAGCUUUCGGAGAUCGAGAUCCGUCAACUCUGCGUUAACGCCAGACAAAUCUUCCUUUCUCAGCCCAAUCUUCUCGAGCUCCAUGCCCCCGUUCGCAUCUGCGGUGAUAUUCAUGGACAGUACCAAGACCUUUUAAGGUUAUUCGAAUACGGAGGCUAUCCUCCUUCAGCAAACUAUCUCUUCCUCGGCGAUUACGUCGAUAGAGGCAAGCAAAGUCUUGAAACGAUAUGUUUACUCUUGGCUUACAAGAUCCGGUACCCAUCCAAGGUAUUUCUCCUGAGAGGAAACCACGAAGACGCUAAGAUCAACAGGAUUUACGGCUUCUAUGACGAAUGCAAACGGAGAUUCAAUGUUCGGCUUUGGAAGAUCUUCACCGACUGCUUCAAUUGUUUGCCUGUGGCUGCUCUCAUUGACGACAAGAUCUUAUGUAUGCACGGCGGCUUGUCACCAGAAUUGGACAAUCUGAAUCAGAUUCGAGAGAUUCAGAGGCCUACAGAGAUUCCAGACAAUGGUCUUCUUUGUGACUUACUUUGGUCUGAUCCUGACCAGAAGAGUGAAGGAUGGUCUGAUAGCGAUCGAGGUAUCUCCUGCACGUUUGGAGCCGAUGUAGUCGCUGAGUUUUUGGAUAAGAAUGAUCUUGACCUCAUUUGCCGAGGCCAUCAGGUAGUGGAAGAUGGGUACGAGUUUUUCGCAAAACGGAGAUUAGUCACGAUAUUCUCUGCUCCAAACUAUGGUGGAGAGUUUGACAAUGCCGGUGCAUUAUUGAGCGUAGACCAGUCUCUUGUUUGCUCUUUUGAGAUUCUGAAACCGGCCCCAGCUUCAAGCAGUAAUCCUCUCAAAAAGGUACCGAAAAUGGGGAAGUCUUGAAACUCAAUAAAGCUUUCCCUUGAGUUUCGUUUCAAAAGCUCAAGUUAGGCCUGUGCAUUUCUUCAGAUGUAGGUAAACUGCAAUGGAUCAAAGGCGACUUUACUUAGGGCAUCAACGAAGAAGCAUUUGUAAAAAAAAAAAAAAAAAACAAAAGAGAGACAGAGCAAACAAAAGUUAUUACCCAAAUAUUCUGUGUAUAGUUGCAGAAACGUCUCUAUUCCUUGCUUCUGCAGAUUUUCAUCUCCUUUUGGUCUGUUUUUUUUUUUAAUCUAUGGUUAUUCUUUUUACAUCCUAGUUUAAGUUAUAGUGUCUCUCCUCUUUUGCUUUUUGUUUUCUUGUAUCAUCAAAUUACCACAUUUCUUAAUCUUUCCAUAUUGAAUUGACUUU